AUGUCAAUUUCCAGUGCCAUCAUCUGUGGUACUUUCCUAGCCACAGCCUUGUUUGGCAUUGCUCUAAAAGCCUCUGAUUCCCUGGCAUGGAACCUUGUAAACAACCUUAUGGAGAAGUUUACAAUCAGUGAGAGUAAUUUGAGGGAGCUGGCCCACUUUGCCGUUAAAAAUGAUGAUGUCAGUUGGUUCCUCAUUCUGAUUAGCUUCGUCAUGGCAGCUCUUUCUCUGAUCGGCUCAAUGAGGCCAGCGUGCAGAAGCGGGUCCACUAAACGCUGUUUGGACCCAUUCCUCUUCCUCCUCCUUCCCCCCGGUCCAAAAUAUACCGCUGUUCUGAUUAUCCUGCUCUUCGUUGAAGUGGUUGUUCUUGCCGUACACAUGGCCCAUCCUAACAAGCUUGCGGCACCACUUCUUCGUACCAUGAAAAAACUUCUUCAGGAGUAUGACAGUAAUCCGAUGGCUAGGUCGAUCUGGAAGGCAGUCAUGGAGAAAGAAGUGGAAUGCAACGGCCGCAAUUACAGUACAUGCUGCGGCAUAAACGAUUGCAGUGAUUUUGGAGAGGAGACAAGGUGGUUGCUCAGAGAUCGCUGCAAAUCUGAGUUCAUUUCUAGUACAUGGGAUGCAAAGGCAGAUGCAGUGCCAGGUUGCAAAGGCAAGCUUACUGCAUGUACUGCGGCCUAUGCGAAGUUCUUACUGUGCUUAUCCACUGCUGCGCUUCUAUUACAGGUGAUUUACAGACUCCUCUUCGUCAUAGCCUUUACACCGAAUGAUGGAGCAAAAAAUAACCAACUCUUGUCAACCUUUCAGAAUGCUUUCAUUGUGGUGGUGGUAUUCCACCUGCUAAUGAUGGAACUUAACCCGGGCUGA